AGCAUUUUAGCUUGAAACAUUACAAUUACAAGAUUUCGGAAAAUGUCUCUCCGUUUAGCUCUGAUCUGCCUAGCACUUCUAGUGCUGGUCUACGCACCGUUGCCUACAUCAGCGGCACCUCUAGAGGCUGCUUUAGUAGAAGCUGAUAGCUUGCCCGAAAGUAAGCUUGCAGCAUCCCCAUCCACACCGUCCUCAGACCCGGCAACUCCAAAGCAGCGCACUUUCUUCCUAUUGCUGCCUCUGCUGGAUCCCAACCAGUACUACUUCUAAUCAAUGGACCAAUGAUGUCGUGAUAGAAAUAAAAGAAAUGCUAAAUAAAGUUUAAAUUGUAACUUGAGA